AUGCAGGUGUCAUUUGCGUGUACUGAACACAACCUUAAGAGCCGCAGCGAGGACCGGCUGUGUGGCUUGCGCACUGCCCCUCCACCAGGGGGCAGCAGCAGUGCUGGUGGAGGAGGUGGAGGUGGGGGAAUAGGGCAGGGGGGUAACGGUAACUACAUCCUGCAAAACACCACCAAGACCCGAGAGGUCACAGGGUCACGGCCCACCUCACAAGGUCACGCCCACAUGAAGGAGGCCAUUGGUCGGCACAGCAGCAUGAAGUACAGAAACCUGGGGAAGUCUGGUUUGCGUGUGUCCUGUUUAGGUCUUGGGACCUGGGUAACGUUUGGGUCUCAGAUCUCAGAUGAGAUGGCAGAGAACCUGAUGACCAUAGCAUAUGAGAAUGGAAUAAACCUUUUCGACACAGCAGAAGUGUAUGCUUCAGGCAGGGCUGAAGUCACUCUGGGUAAUAUUUUUAAGAAGAAGGGAUGGCGGAGGUCCAGUUUUGUUGUGACCACCAAGAUCUACUGGGGUGGACAGGCAGAAACAGAGAGGGGACUGUCUAGAAAACACAUCAUAGAAGGCCUCCGUGGUUCGUUGGCCAGACUCCAGCUGGAUUAUGUGGAUAUUGUGUUUGCUAACAGGAAUGAUGUUAACAGUCCUAUGGAAGAGGUGGUGCGUGCAAUGACCUUUGUGAUUAAUCAGGGCAUGGCCAUGUACUGGGGAACAUCACGCUGGAGCGCAAUGGAGAUCAUGGUAGGGAGGCCGUACUCUGUAGCCAGACAGUUUAACCUGAUCCCGCCGGUGUGUGAGCAGGCAGAAUAUCACUACUUCCAGAGAGAUAAAGUGGAGGUCCAACUUCCUGAACUCUACCACAAAAUCGGUGUUGGAGCCAUGACCUGGUCUCCCCUGGCCUGUGGUCUGAUCACAGGGAAGUACAAUGACGGUGUUCCAGAAUGUUCCAGAGCUGCUAUGAAGGGUUACCAGUGGCUGAGAGAGCGUGUGAACAGCGAGGAGGGACGCAGACAGCUUGCCAAAGUCAAAGAGCUCCACCUACUGGCCGACAGAAUGGGCUGCACUGCCGCACAGCUUGCCAUUGCCUGGUGUUUACGCAGUGAGGGUGUGAGCUCUGUGCUCCUGGGUGUUUCCAAUGCAGACCAACUGCUGGAGAACCUGGGUGCCCUACGGGUCUUGUCUCAGAUGACUCCACAGACGGUGAGUGAGAUUGAUGCCCUGCUGGGUAACAAACCCCAUCUGAAGAAGGAGUCACGGGCGUAA